AUGGAUCAUAUCGGAGCAGUGGAUGAAGCAAGCAAGGGAGCCAGCAAGUGGCGCCCAAGGCUUUUUGCACCUUGCCUUGCUUGGCCCCUUGGAAAGUGGGGCCCAAGGCUUUGGUGCCUUGGCUUGGGGCACCCCUCCCGUGGUCAUCUCGUCCUGCCUUGCCUUGCGAUCUGCUGCCUUUGCCUUCUAGUCCCUAACCUAACCUGGAUGAAGCAAGCAAGGGAGCCAGCAAGUGGCGCCCAAGGCUUUUUGCACCUUGCCUUGCUUGGCCCCUUGGAAAGUGGGGCCCAAGGCUUUGGUGCCUUGGCUUGGGGCACCCCUCCCGUGGUCAUCUCGUCCUGCCUUGCCUUGCGAUCUGCUGCCUUUGCCUUCUAG